AUGAUCGGUCGUGGCUUGGGCGAGGACAGUCCUCAAAAGUCGGUCUACAAGCCCAUCGUUGCCGGCGAGCGCUCAUUUUCCCAAGAACUGCUCCUCGCCGGCGCCCUCGAACUGUACCGUAACCCGAAUCAAACCCUGUCCGAUGCACAACUAGCCGACCUUCUCCUUCUGGCCUCUUUAAGGCAAUCUUCGCUCAGCGUCAUCACGGCCCAGCUACUCCUGCGAAAAAUUCCCAAACUUGACCCGCGCAUCCAUGCCCGCUUGUACAGCCCCGACUGGGAGGCUAUGCCCAAGCUCUUGGAACGUAGGGGGUAUAUCGUUGAAGAAGUCACCCACUGGACAAAAAUACUCGUUGUCGAAGAUGCGGACGAGAGAGUACGAGACUUUCUGAGCAAGGAGCAUCACAAACCGCUGUUUGUUCUUUUCUACCUACUCAGCAGUAGGCCGUAUUUCUCAGAUCGAGAGUCCCUCUGGGGGCUUUUAGAGUAUUGCAAAGAAUGGUACUCCGGCAAACAGCAGGAAAGCCCUGGCGCACCAGACUCUCACGAGCUGGGAAUGCAUUUUGCCCUGUUCUGCAUCUUGCUUCAGAAGCUAGGCUAUCACGCGGCCAGGCUCCAGCCCGACAUUCUACCUGAAAUAGCUAAUCUAGCAGUAUUCUACAUCAGUGGUCUUCCAUUGACAAAAUCACGCACAAGGCAGAUGCGCCAAGAUAAGACCUACAAUAUGCAGUGUCGCGUUUUCAAUGCCGCCUUACAAGCUGUCUCCGAACCCGCAGCGGAAAAGCCAUACGACCGCGCGACUUGCAACUGGAAAGCCAUCACAGCAUUGUUGUCUCUGUCUUCCGGCCUGCCACGACCUUUGAGCAUUGAGCGCCAGAGCUACCGGGCAAUCCGGCAAAUCCUGCUCAUGCUACCAAAGACCGUCACGGAACGGGACACGGCCAGUGCCCUUGCCAGCUCGUGGCCUCCCUAUCGAAUCUUGCGAGAUGGCAUGGAAGAAAAGGCCAAUGCUGAGGACUAUUUGAGCAGAGUCGUCAAGGCCGGCAUGAUGAUGCAAGAAGCCGGCUACGCCAAGCAACCAGUAGACGACGUCACCGAUAUCCUAGGUGGCAGAGCCCCAGAUGGUUCGCCUACCGUCCAGACCAGAGCCAAUUACCCUCGCCGUAUCCACUACGAUCAAGCAGCUUGGGCAGCACUUAUUCGGACCACUCGGAACUCACAGGAGGCAUGGGCUAUAUUCAAGAACCCUCCAGAGGCCAACAUGGAACCCAACUGGCAAGUGUACUGGGAGCUGAUUGUCAAGAUCGCCGCCAAGCCAGCUGAUCUGGACCACAACAACCUGCCAGGUGACGGCCGAGAAGUUUCUCCGUUUGACGACAGGAACCUUACCGAUUUCGAAAAAGCUAGAGUACGCCCGCCCACUAUACGUGCUCUGACGCACGAGAUGUUCAAGAUGGGCAUUGUCAUCAAAGGCAAAAAACUAGCUUUUCUCAUUAGGACAGCAGAAACCAUUCCCCAUGCGAUGGAUUACAUCGAUUACAGCGGUAUAUCCGGCGGUUUCAAAAGGGAUAUCCGACGAUGCAUGGAGACUCUCACGGACCUUCCACCAUCUCUGCUGAGAACGCCUCCUCUGGACAUUCUCCAUGCGUGUAUUGAAUUGCUCUGUAAACUGCAGCCAAAUCGCACGCAAGGCCAGACCAAGUUAUAUCCGAAACACUUUCUCCGCAUACGGUAUGCGUUCCGCCUCGCUCAGCAAGGAUGGAUCUCGACAAAGAAUAGCAGCAGAGCGCCCUGGGAGUCGAUAUUAGUUGCUCUUGCGCGACCCAAUAUCAUGCUCAGUGCCGUCAAGACCAAAACGAACGGCUUAGAGGUGCUUCUGUUGGCUACAGAGGUCAUGGAGAGGGCGGAGGCUCACAGCGGUUUGAGCAUGUUAAUGUUUCAUUCGUAUGCUCGAGCGAUGCUCAAGGCUGCAUGCUCGGGGCUAUUGCCUCUGAGGAACAGUCGCAGAGAGAAUAACCGCGAAAGUCAAAACUUCUUGUCAUUGUAUAGUCUCCACAGCACUCCCGCCAAGGCACCGAAACUCGUCUCCAGCAAAGACCGCCAGUGUUGGAAGACGGCUCUGUCUCCCAUCUUCCAAAAAAGAAGCUGCAAUACAGCUGAUACACCAUACGAGAUUAUGUGCGACGCAACGAGGAAGCUCAAGAGCGCAUGGAGGGCACUCUCGACCACUGGUCCAAUUGCCAAGCCAAAGGUGAACCGGCUCGUCACAGCGUCUCACAUCAACAACUAUAUGCGCACGCUAGCCUUUGUCGGCGACUAUGAGGAGAUGCUAUUGCUUCUUCAAUGGGUUACCAACGAGUGGCUUCCCGCGGUGACGACGGCGUUAGGCGGUCUGUCACUUGCCGAUAUGGAGCGUCUGGAGAGGGCAGUACGAGCGUUCCGGGCGUUCGCCGAGCCCAUGCUAGGCAAUGAGGUUGUAAAGCCUAUACACCAGGAGAUGGCCCAUAAUGGGGCACUGCACUGGUCUUCUGAUGAGGAGGUGGAGGAUUAUAUCGCAAGCGAUAAGUGGGGUGAUCAUCAAAACUUGAAAGCAGUGAUUGAUAUGGUCAAAAGGCUGGAGGAAGAGGAAGCCACUGUAUGUGUAUCAUCACCUGUAAAUGGAUUAGGGAAGACGGAACCGUAG